CGCGCACACAACACACGCAGAUGAUCCCCGCAACUCAAACUCACAAAUGUAUGCAUGCAUGCUCAUGCCGGGAAAAUCAUGAACAUAUUCAUUGGGAUAAAUAAGGAGAGAAGAGACCUGAAACAUUUUGUGAGUGCAGAGGCAUAGAGUGUGAGCUUUCGUUUUAAUCUCAAUCUUAAUUUUUUGUUUCAUUUCUGCAUUCUCAGCGACUUGAGGUCAAACAGGAUCCAUGGAAAAAUUCCGGACUCGUUAAGAAAUCUGAUGAAACUUCAAUACCUUGAUCUUUCUUCAAAUGAUCUUGAUGGGCCUAUACCUGACUUCUUUGGCCGAAUGAUGUCAUUAAAUGUUCUUAUUCUAUCUGAAAACUGGCUAAAAGGUUCAAUACCAGAAAAUCUGGGCAACUCAUCUAUUGAAACUCUGGACUUGGCAGAGAACCAACUAUCUGAAGAAAUUCCUGAGAGUUUAGGAAACAUUUCGAGCCUUGAGCACCUGCGUUUAUCUGAUAACCAGUUAACUGGGAAGCUUCCUAAAUCUCUUGGAAACUUACAGAAUCUCUAUGGAAUGGUGAUGGCAAACAAUAAACUUCAAGGAAAGUUGCCUCAAAGUUUUGAAAACCUUACAAGCUUAAGGCAGUUCAAUGUUAGGGGCAAUGAAUUCAUUGGUCCAGUCCCAGCAUAUAUUGGAAAUUGGAACCAGCUGCAGUUACUUGUACUUCAAGGUAACCGUUUUGAAGGCCCUCUUCCUAGUACAAUCUCCUCCCUGGACAAGGUCACUGAGAUGCGCAUUGCUGACUUGUAUGGAAGAAAAGGAGAACUUUUCCUAUUUCCAAAUAUUUCAAGAAUGACACAACUUGAAACUUUGGUCCUGAGAAACUGUUCAAUCAAUGACUUAAUCCCACCAUAUCUUGGUGAAUUCCUUGCACUGAGCCAUCUGGACUUGAGCUACAACAAAUUGACUGGUGAAGUCCCAGAUUUCGCAAACCUAACAAAUUUAUAUCUUCGAGCAAAUAAAUUAAUAGGGCCAAUUCCUACACUGUCUACAAAUAAGACAGAAGCAAAUCUGGAUUUCUCAGAGAACAAUUUCACCUAUUCAUCUAUUGCAGAUUACAGAUCCAACAGGAAUACGAAUUCAUUUGAAUGCUGCUCUUCAUCAGCAGACUUGGAUAGUGCAUGGCAAAAUAACAAUUUCUCCUGUGGUGAGGAUCAAUUGGAAAAUGACCGGUUGUAUAUUAAUUGUGGAGGUGACAAGGUAACAACAGCCCAAGGUACAUUCGAAAGUGAUGUAAAUCCAGAAGGAGCAUCAACAUUCUAUAUCAGUGAUGACAAGAAAUGGGGGUACAGUAGCAUGGGGAUAUAUGACCCCGAGCAAAUCUUUUCCAUGAGUUACGCCAAAUCAAUUGAAUCCCAUGAGGAUUGUGGAUUUGAAAGUAUUCAAAAUAAGGAGAUAUCACUAUACAAGUCAGCUCGUGUUUCUCCCAUAUCUUUGAAGUAUUUCGGGUUCUGCAUGAAAAAUGGCUUGUACAAAGUAAAACUUGAUUUUGCUGAAAUCACAUUUAAAGAGGAAGCGGAUCAUAAGAGUAGGGGGAAUCGCCUUUUCGAUGUCCUUAUUCAGGGUACAAAGGUUUUAGCUGAUUUUAACAUCAAAGAUGUUGCUGGAGGUCUAAACAAGAAUGUUUCUCGGACAUUUCAAGCUGAAAUCAAGGGGAACAACCUUGAAAUUCACUUAUAUUGGGCUGGGAAAGGCUCAAAACGUGGUCCUUAUGAACUCUACGGUCCUCUUGUUUCAGCUAUUUCAGUAGAGCCUGUUCUCAAACCAGUAAAGCCUCCCAAAAAGCUCUCUCCUUUAACCAUUGCUUGGAUUUCAGGAUCCAUUGUUCUAUUCCUGGUUCUGGGUUUAGCUACUAGACCGUGUUACUGGCACGGCUCUUAUUUGUUUCUUUGUAUACUGUUAACAGCACAAAAAGAACUUAUUUCACUGCCUGGUGGAGGACUUUUUACUUAUAAGCAACUAAAAGUUGCCACACAAAAUUUCAACAACGAAAACAAGAUCGGUGAAGGAGGGUUCGGGGCUGUCUUCAAGGGAGUGCUUCCCAAUGGGACAACCAUAGCUGUAAAACAGCUUUCUGCAAAAUCAAAGCAAGGGAGUCGUGAAUUUGUCAAUGAAGUUGGUGUUAUAUCAGCUCUGCAACACCCAAAUUUAGUAAAACUACUAGGAUGCUGUAUAGAUGAAAACCAACUGCUUCUAGUCUAUGAGUAUAUGGAAAACAAUUCCCUUGCACAUGCAUUAUUUGGUCCUGAAGAACUGAGGGUGCAACUUAACUGGACGAUCCGAUCUAAAAUUUGUAGUGGAAUAGCUAAAGGAUUGGCAUUUCUCCAUGAAGAAUCGAAACUAAAGAUUAUUCACAGGGAUAUCAAGACAACAAACAUUCUUCUUGAUAAGGAUUUUACUGCAAAAAUAUCUGAUUUUGGAUUUGCCAAGCUUCAUGAAGGCCAUCAGACCCAUGUCAUUACCAAGAUAGCUGGAACUACUGGAUACAUGGCUCCUGAGUAUGCCAUGAGAGGUCAUCUGACCAGUAAAGCAGAUGUAUACAGCUUUGGAGUAGUCUUGCUUGAAAUUGUCAGUGGGCAAAACAGUGCCAGUUAUAGGCCAAAUGAUGAGAGUGUUUACCUUCUAGAUUUGGCUUAUGUUUUGCAAGAGAAGGAGGAUCUUUUAUCACUGGUUGAUCCUAUUCUAGGAUCUGAGUAUGCAGCAAAAGAAGCCAAAAUGAUUCUAGAAUUAGCAAUGCUUUGCACUAACCCAUCUCCUACACUUAGGCCUAGAAUGUCUGAGGUGGUAAAGAUUUUGAAAGGAAAAAGUCGGCUUAAUUAUACUCCAUCUCUUGCCCCUUAUUCAACUGAUGGUUUUGCACGGGCCAAGGCAAUAGCUAGCCGUUCAUUUUCCAACUAUUCACGGAGCAUGUCUAGGGAAGAACCAUCUAACCCUGCGAGUUACGAGUUCAGCAUUAAGGAAGAAGAAGUGCAUAUCUCUGCUGAUUACACCCCAGAGAUCACUGAUGAGACUGGAAGAUCACCUCUUAGUAAUGUCUAAAUUUCUACACAAGUAACUUUCCUCUGCCAUUUCAAGUUUGGUACACUUGAAACUGUUAUAUAUAGGUUUUCAUUCUUUCUUCUGAUGUAAUAUCUUAGUCACUACUGUUUUCAUUGUAGCAUUGCCUAAAUAAACAUGAAAAGAAUAGUCUCUUAGGGGUGAUAAUAACUUGAUGUAUCAUAAUCAUUCCCAAAUUGAUGAAUUUUAGUACAAUCUCCGAUAAGGAAAAUUUCGAAUA